AUGAACGAUUUGGUCAAGUUUGAGUCUUUUAUCCGGGUGCCGGAAAUAUUCUUCGACAUGAUCGGAAUCGCACGGUACGGUGAAGAUCGGAACACGUGGAAGGCGCGGUUCAAACAGGCAUUCUUCUGGAGCUCGUACACCAAUACAAUUUUCUGCCUAAUAAUCGAGCAUGUCUACUUUAUAAAAGCGGCGGGAAAGUUUACGAACUUUCUGGAGCUGACAGCGUUGGCACCGUGCAUUGGCUUUACAGCGCUAUCGAUUGUUAAAAUCAUGACGAUCAAGUUGAACGAAGCCAAGUGGAACGAAAUCCUAGAUCGAUUAUGCGAACUUUUUCCGAGAAGUCAACACGAUCAGGACCGCUAUCGGACCUAUCAGUACAAUCUUGAGUCUCAAAUGGUGAUGAAGUCUUUUUCGAUUUUAUACAUGAUUUUGAUCUGGAUAUUCAAUUUGCUACCGCUGCUGUCGAUGUUGGUGAACUAUAUAUGGAAAGGGGUUCUGGAGAAGGAACUACCCUACUUCAUGUGGUAUUGGUACGAUUGGCACAAGAAAGGUUACUAUGAAAUAACUUUUUUCCACCAGAACUGGGGAGCGUUCGACUCAGCUGUAUUCAACCUUAGUACGGAUUUGCUGUUCUGUGCUAUUAUUCUACUGAUUUGCCUUCAGUUCGAUAUACUGGCUUACAGACUGAGACAUGCCAAGGGAGAUUAUGAGGAACUGGUCCAAUGCGUUAAGCUGCACCAAACCGUAAUCGAAUUGUGUAAUAAGUUGGAAGGAAUUUUCUCUCCUUCGAUUUUGGUUAAUUUUGUUGGAAGUUCGGUUAUCAUCUGUCUUGUUGGAUUUCAAGCCACAUCCAAAAUCAGUGCAUUCGAUUUAUUCAAGUUCAUUUUAUUCCUCAUCUCGUCACUAGUUCAAGUUUUUCUUCUAUGCUACUAUGGAAACAAAUUGAUCGAGGCGAGUUCGCAAAUUGGGUACUGCGCUUUCGAAGGCAAUUGGUAUAUGGCGGAUAAGCGGUAUCGACAGUCAUUACUCUUCGUGAUGGCGAGGGCUGGAAAGUGGCAAAAGUUGACUGCCAUGAAAUUCUCCGUCGUUUCAUUGGCAAGCUACUCAACGAUCCUCAGCACAUCGUUUUCAUAUUUUACACUCCUUAAAACGAUUUACGAUCCCAGUCAGAAGUGAUAGAAUCAUUCUUAGAAAU